AUGGAAGUAGCUGAAUGUAAGAUAACAGCUGGUACAGAUAAACCAAGUCAAGUACUGGAACAGAUUUGGCAUCUAAACCUAAUGAUAAGAGAAACACUUCUAAAGAGUGACCUUCAAGAUAAUGAAGCUACAGCGGAGUAUGUGCCUAGAUUGAUCUCUCUCAUGCAAGAGCUCAGCAGUUCCCUCGGUCAAAAGCUACAACACACUACAGAGAUCCUACAAGACACCUGCCAGCUAUUGAAUACUCUUCAGAACAAACACAAGCAAUUGGUUUCAAGUCAAGAUAUCACUUUUAUGGGUUGUCUUCAAAAAAUAAUUGAACUCUUUCUGGAUACAGUUACACAUCUUCAAGAGGCAAAAAACAAAUGUUAUGUUAUUAGAUGCAGCCAUGAUGAUAAAUCUCAAUCCCAGAUUGUUCAAGAUGUUUUCAAUGAAACAGUUGUGUGUGAAGGAGAAGAGACACAUUCUGGGAAAGUAUCUGCUGGUGUAAGUCAGCCACUCCAGGUAACUUCUCCCAUGAAUGAAAGUAAAAGUCCAAACAUUCACCAAGACCAGCCAAGUGAAAACAAAACAGUGGGAAAAGAAACUGCUAUAUCAUUAAGUGAAAAAAAUCCUGAUCAAGAACAGGCAGUAAGCAGAGACUUCCCAAAGCUAAUGGAAAAUGAAGAUCACAAGCUACUACAGAGUUCACAUACAGAGCAAAAAGAUUACAACGGAAAGGAGGAAAGUCAUGGAGCAGGGCCUUAUAAUAAGAAAUGCCUAAAUAGAACUUUUCAAGAAGUUCCCAGGAGCAAUGGAGAGGAUAUAAUUAUAUCUGGAAAAUCCAAAGAUAUCUGUGAUAGAUCUGUAAUUAAUCUUUCUGAUCAAGAACAGACAGUAAGUGAAGAACCCCCAACUCAGAUGGAAUAUGAAGAUCACAAACCAACAGAGAAUUCAUGUGAAGAAGAAAAAGAUGACAACAGAAACGAGGAAAUUUAUGAGAUUACUGGGAGCAACAGAAACAAUACAAUUGAGUCUACAAGGUUGGAGAAUAUAUGCAAUACACCUGCCAUGAAUCUUUCAACAAAUGAUUCAGAAAAAGUGGAAAGAUCAAGUCCCUGGAUGAACAAAGAAUUUCUAGCAGAAGUGAGUGGUAAGAUUGAACCUGAAGUUGCCUGUUAUAUUACAGCACCUUCUAUCACUCUAGAAAAUUUAGUAUGCAGGAUCAUCAAUGACAUGAGUUCCUUGGUGGUGGAAGAUUCUGAGGAGCUGGUCAGCAAUGUCAUCAGUGUUGCAUGCUUAGACCAUGGAAAACUAAUUCCCUUUCCUAUCAACAUUGCAAUCCCAUUCACUGCACGCUACAGAGGAAAUUAUCGAGAUAUCAUGGUGAAGGUGAUGGAUAUGAACUUUCAAUCAAGUUACUUAACUCCCAUUUCCUUUGAUGGGUGCCAGGGAAACCAGAAGGGGGCCUUUGCAGAGGUGAAAAUUUGCCAGCUUGGUAUUUUUUCUGUGGUGUCAUGCUUAAAAAAAGAAACAUUCACCAUUCCAAAGAAAGGGCUCUCACAAAAGCUAAGCAUGGAUUCUAGAAUCUCUUUCUACUACCCUCCAGAAACAUUCAGUUCUCCAGUGACCAUGCAGUUAAAGGUCCAGCCAAUUGAGCCAUCACUGGUUUCCAUAUUAAAGGCAAAAUAUGACAUGUACCAUUCAGUAGUGUCUACUAGCCCACUGGUUCAUAUCCAGCAUCCUUCAUCCCAGCCAUUUAAUAAGUCAGUCAGUGUUGUUCUACCCUGUCCUCCAAAUCCAGAAAAAAAGAGACCAGGAGAUGCAACAGAACAUGCAAGAGCAUCUAGUGCCACUGUAACCAGGGUUACAACUGCAUAUCAUCUUCGGGCAAUGAGUGCCUCGGUGAGAAAACAUGGAGAGAAUCUCGGUGAAUCCUUGAAAGUAUUGGGUUACAGAAGCAAAGAAGAGGAGUGGGUUGUGCUUGAUGAUGUUAUUGUGCGGAAUGCACGGAACGGACUUGUAUCUUUUGAAGUAGAUGAGUAUUUAGAAAGCUUUAUUGUCAUUCGCCUCUCAUUUGCCAUGGACAAUACACAUCUAGUUCUGUUUAUUCAGGCUCUGGAGGAAGCCAUUCGCAGCACCAUGGCUAAUGUCGUACUAUAUCGGAAAAAAGAAAACCCUCAUAAAAUAGUUGUUUUACUGGUUCUGUCGAAAGAACUGAACUGGGAGCUGCAAAGCCUGCAUGAGGAGGGAUACUUUGGUCCUCCAGAACCAACGCAACAGUUUCAACUAAGAGAAGGAGAGCAGAUUCAUUUUAGAUUUAGUGGCAACAUAUUUGCCUCAGAUGAUGGGAAGGAUUUUGGAAAAGUCUACAGGCUUAUUUUUCAUUCACAAAGAAAGCCCAGACUGGAGCUCCAACUCAAAGAAGUGGAUGAAUUCGGUAACUACAGCUCACCUCAUUACAAGGGAACUGCAGUAUUUUACAAAAUAACCAGAGAAACAAUAGCCAAGAACUGGGAUCAACCCCUUCUGCCUGCUGACUAUCAGGACCAGUCACCUUUAUACAAGUUAGCGCUAACCUUACCAAAGCAUGAAAAAUUAAUCAACCGGCCACAAAGCACAAAAAGAAUUGCUACAGAUUCAUCAGAGGCCCUGUGGGAUAACUUGCUGUACUGGCUCGCAGAGGAGCUCUCAGAAGAUAAUGCAUCAUUGCUCUCUUUGCACCUGCCUAUCCGUCGGAGUGCUCUUCAGCUUGUUAGACUGAAGUGCCCUGAUAAUCUAACGCAUCAGAUAUAUGAGCUUCUUUGCUUCUGGAAAAAGAAUCUUCCAAGAUCAGCUGAUAAACAGCGACUCCUAUCUCGUUAUCUUCGUAAGAGUGGCAGAAGCGAUCUUUCAGAAGAGCUCAGGUUCAAGUGGGAGAAUAAAGCAUUCACUUGGCAAAAGCACUGGUUUGAGAUGGACAACUGAAAGACUGAUAUCCAUAUGUUUUCACCUUGGGAAAUUUGAUUGUUUUUCCUGCAUGUGACUGCACAAGUAGUCAGAAUUUCCAAGUGAUAUUUGCUUUAGCUUGAUAAAUGCUUUUAAAUUUUUACAAUGAUCAUAGAAUAUCAGGGUUGGAAGGGACCUCAGGAGGUCACCUAGUCCAACCCCCUGCUCAAAGCAGGACCAAUUCCCAACUAAAUCAUCCCAGUCAGGGCUUUGUCAAGCCGGGCCGUAAAAACCUCCAAGGAAGGAGAUUCCACCACCUCCCUAGGUAACACAUUCCAGUGCAAUGAAUUGGCAAACAGGGGAAAAAAGACCAGUCAGGCCGCUGGGUGUUCUUUAACUCUUCAGUAAAUUUUCACACUCUUCAUGAUAGCACAAGUUGUCUGCAAUGACUUCUUUAUGUUCUUCCCCUUGCCUAAUAACAGCUAACGUUCCUCAAUAAAAUCAAACAAGUUGCUGAAAAGACAGAUACCAAGAAUUACAUUCAGCUUUUGGAUAUACACAUAGGGCUCCACUGAUUGUAGUAGAAUCUGGUGUUUACCAAUAUGGCCCCAUAUUAUAGGGGCACAGGAAUUACCAUAUUUCAUCAGCCCAAUGGGUGACCUAGUCCAGUAUCCUAGCUCUAAUGUUGGUCAGUACCAAAUUCUUAAUAGACCAUAAUAGACAAUUAUUAUAAGGCACUAAUAGGGGAAGCAUCUUCUAAACUCAAGCAGCUAGUGGUCAUCUCUGGCACAUAAAGGGAUAUUCCCUAUGAAUACUUUAUCCUUGUGAGUGUAACUGCCAAUUAUACUCUUAUUGUUCAUAAGAAUGCCUAAGCCUCUUCUGGAUACAAUUAAAUCCUUUGUCUCAGUGCUAUAUCGAUAGCAAUGAGUUCCACAGAUAAAUACUGAAAUCUGGAGAAAAUUUCUUUUUCUCAAUUUUAAAUUUAUUGCCUUGUAAUUUCAUUCAGUGUCCUGUGUUCUUAUGUUAUGGGAAGAGGUAAAUAGAAAUGCCUGAUUGACAUUUGUAUAAUAUUCCUUAUUCAUUUACUCUGUAUCACUUCUUAUUCAUCUCCUCUCUAAACUAUUAUGUAAAAUUCCUCUCAGCUUUAAAAUGGAGUCAUGACCAAGGCAUCCCUAAUAUUGCAUAUCAAUUGCCAUACAUUACUGCUGUAUUUGAAUUACUUUGUUCUUGCAUCACAUUAAGUGACAGUGUGUAGGACCUAAUCACUAAUAUAUUGCUAUCCAUCUGGUAUGCCACA